GGCUAUCUAUUGGUCACAUAGAUAAAAAAUUUUCUUCUUGUUUUUUCGGUGAUUCGAACUCUUAUACCGAACAAACCGGAUCGUAGAAAAUUUUAUUUCAGGUUUCCAAACCGGACCCACAAUUUGGGACAAACUUCAUAUUUUAAGGUGGGUUGCAAAAACACGCAUGAUGACUCCGUACGCUGCGCCCGGCAUUCAGCUUUCUCUUCACCUUCGUCUUUCUCACGUAUGCAGAAAAACAGCCCACUGUUUUAUUCUUCAGUCAUUAAGACAGACAUAUCUUUUUAGCACUUUUUUUUUUCUUUUUAAAUCUUUCUUCGUGCAUGUAAAUCUUAUCAAAAUUCAAUUAAAUUAAUUUCUUUUUUUAUUAUAAAAUUUUCUUUAUUUUGUUUUCUUGUAUUAAUGUUGAUGAUGCAUGGAAGGUAAAGAUAUAUAUUUUUUCUUUAAAAAUGAAAAGCAAUCAAGGUGAUCAAUAUCCAUUUAAAUUUUUUUCUCAAAGUCUUUAAUUCUUUCAAUUACAGCAAUCAAAAUUCAAUUUUUUUUCUUCUUCUUAAACAAAAAUGGAAUCUGAGAAACCAAAUUUUGGUGCGGUAAUGGUUUACUUCAAAAAACCGUCAUGGGCUUUCCUUGUUCUUCUCUUUACAGUAAUAGCAGUUCUCUCUCUCCAAAUCACCACGAAAGCUAUUAUUCCUUUUCAACUCUUUCCCGUUCUCCGAUCAUCUAAUCCCGACGUUGCAUCGGGCUUCGACCCCGGAAGUUGCGCCGGAUUUUUGGGGGAGUUGCCGGAAAGAAAACAUGUUAUGUCGAUAAAGGACUUCGGGGCAAUUGGCGAUGGGAAAACCUCAAAUACGGCUGCGUUUAGGAAGGCGUUAGUUUACAUGCAGCGUUUUGGUGAGAAAGGCGGGGCUCAGCUUAAUGUGCCGAAAGGGAAGUGGCUAACAGGAAGCUUUAAUCUUACCAGUAAUUUCACGUUGUUUCUUGAACAGGGAGCCGUUAUUUUAGGCUCUCAGGACCCAGAGGAAUGGCCUGUUGUAGAGCCAUUGCCUUCUUAUGGUAGGGGGAGAGAGAGAUUGGGAGGAAGACAUAUAAGCCUUAUUCAUGGAGAUGGUCUUAUCAAUGUUGUGAUUACAGGACAGAAUGGCACAAUUGAUGGUCAAGGUAGAAUGUGGUGGGAAUUAUGGUGGAACAGAACGCUAAAGCACACAAGAGGCCACCUCUUAGAACUAAUGAACUCUCAUAACAUUCUUAUCUCUAACUUAACCUUCCUGAAUUCACCUUUUUGGACCAUUCAUCCUAUUUACUGCAGCAAUGUUGUUAUUAAGGACAUGACAAUAUUGGCUCCCCUUAAUGCCCCAAAUACAGAUGGAAUAGACCCAGACUCAAGUACAAAUGUAUGUAUUGAAGACUGCUAUAUUGAGAGUGGAGAUGAUCUUGUGGCAGUGAAAAGUGGGUGGGACCAGUAUGGCAUCAGAAUGGCGCGACCAAGCUCAAACAUAAUAGUUAGGAGAAUUUCAGGCACUACACCAACUUGUUCUGGUGUUGGCAUUGGUAGUGAGAUGUCUGGAGGGAUUUUUAAUGUAACUAUUGAAGACAUGCAUGUUUGGAAUUCAGCAGCUGGGGUCCGCAUAAAAACUGACACGGGUAGAGGGGGAUACAUUGCAAAUAUCACCAUAAAUAAUAUAACCAUGGAACGAGUCAAAAUACCCAUUAGGGUCAGUAGAGGCUCCAAUGAUCACCCUGACGACGGAUGGGAUCCUAAAGCUAUUCCUAAAAUAAAGGGGAUUGUCAUUAGUAACAUCGUUAGUUUGAAUUCAACAAAAGCCCCCGUACUUGCUGGUGUCCAGGGAGCAUCAUUUGAAGGGAUAUGCUUUAAGAAUGUUACGCUACUUGGACUUGCCCCAACUGCAGCAUGGCAUUGUGAGUUUGUUUCAGGUUGUACCAGUGCUGUGUUUCCAUUGCCAUGUCCCCAGUUGCAGAACAAUGGCUCUUCAGCAUGUUGCUUAUAGCCUGAAGUUUGUGGUGAGUUGCUGAAUGCAUAUGGAAGUUGUCAGGUUUGGAUCGCUUUUCACCUGUGGAAGCUUGGAACAAAUUGGACACUUAAGGUGAAUAAUUUCACAAACAAGAUUAGUCUGGGCUUCAGUUGCUCGUGAUUUUUCCUCUAUUCUCUAAAUGGGGAGAUAUGCAGGCUAGAGGGGCUACGGCUGCAUUAGUAUCCUGCAAUUUUGUCAAAUAUAAGAUCCACUGAGCAGUUGCGCCUGGUUGGGUGUACAGAUUUGUAUGGUCUUGAUCGGAUUUUACAAGAUGGUUUUAGUUGUGAUAUUUCACUUUUGAUUUUGAUGGCACUUUCUAGAUUAAUGGCAUGACUAGGUUCAUUCAACCCAUGGAAAGAAAACCAACAUCUACAGAGUCCUCAUAGACACAGAACAUGUACAAAGAACUCACAUAAUUUCUUUUCAUUGGUCUAAAGUUACAUUACUAUUGCUGUUGUCACUCGUUUCAUUAUUUGUCCUAUAUCUUGUUUGGGUUGGUUUUUUGAA